AUGUUGAGUGAUUGUAUUGAUAUAUCGACGUAAUCAAAGGAACAGCAAAAUUAAGCAUCCAACUAUCCUUAUUUCGUAUAUAAUUUCCCACCUGCCCCUUUAAUGGAGUUUCCAAAUACUUCAAUUCCACAACUCCAGAUGAGGAAUUCAACUGAUUCUGUUUAUAAAGAUAACAUAUAAAUUCCUUCAUUUCUGUAAGGAUUGUCUAUGCCAAGCUUCUAAUUUAACAAUUCUAAUCAGUUUUGUGUGAAUGAAUAAAAAGUAUACAUACCACCAGUUGCAAAUUCGUUGGCUUCCUAUUUCCAUGAUCAAUCUACUCAAAAACUAAAACAAGAAUACAAGUAGAACAGAAUUAUCAUUGGAACAUAAACACUCUGUGAUAUCGAAAUAGUACUUAUUUAAAGAUAUUUUGAUAUUAAAACAUAAUUAUUUUGCCCUCCCAACAUUAGAUAUGCACUGAAUGAAGAUAAAGCCAUCUCGAACUUGACAUGGUUAAAAGACAGGAUCAAAAAUAGAUAUAAAAAGCCUAUAAAGGACUCAAUGUUUGAUUUGAUUAAUGUACUAGGAAAUAUGAAUGAAUAAGAAAUACGUCAAAUAAAUUGUUUCUAAUAGUUCUCAAGUUAAGGUUUUGAUAAUCUUGAGAAAUAAGUACCAAAAUCAAUUAAAGAAGAGAAACCAUUUUCUGAGAUGAUGUUUGAAAUCUAAAUUCUGAUUGCUUAAUUUUUAUUGACAAAAUUUUGA